AUGUCAGGAUUGCGCGAUGUAGCAAAAAAAGCAUAUCUCACUGUGAGAGGGCGCGCGACGCCGGCGCAGACAACCCAGCCCGCGCCAAUACAAACGAUGCGAGUGCACACGAAGAAAGUGUUGGCAGUCGCCUUCUUCAAAGACGGUCGACGGAUUGUCACUGCUUCAGAGGAUAAAACCCUGCGAAUCUGGGACGUGGAGAAAGGUGCAUUGGUGGGAGGGCCAUUCGAGGGACACAGUGACUGUGUAAUUUCAGUCGCUGUAUCCCCAGAUGAUAGGCGAAUUGCGAGUGGUGGGAGAGAUAGAGCUAUGAUCAUCUGGGACGUCGAUAGCAAGCAGAUGCUAUUCGAUCCACUGGUAAAGCAUACAGACUGGGUUGAGUCGGUGUGUUUCUCCCCUGACGGAAAGAGACUCGCAAGCGGGUCACAUGAUAGAAGAGUUAUUAUAUGGGAUGCGGAGACUGGCGCUGUCCUCUCAACACCUUGGGUUCAGGGUUGGAACCGUUGGCUGUACUGUGUCGCCUUCAGCCCAGACGGGCUAAAAUUAGCAUCCGGCGGAUAUGGUACCGUUUGGGUUUGGAGAACCUCUAACGCCCAGCUUCUUCUCACGAUCAACACUCACCAAGAUUUCAUUCAAAGCGUCGUGUGGACGCCCGAUGGCAAGCAACUUGUCUCUGCAUCACAUGACAAAACAAUCAAGUUUUGGAACUCUUCGGAUGGGAUCCAAAUUGGUCAACCUUGCACCGGUCACACUUCUUCUAUCAAGUCACUUGCCAUUUCUUUUGAUGGCUCUUUCAUUGCAACCGCCUCAGACCAGAAGACUGUACAACUGUGGAGCACAAAGUCACACAAGCAGAUAGGGAAGCCACUCAAACACACCGCACGUGUUUGCUGCGUCGCCAUUUCACCCAACGGAGAACUGCUCGUGAGUGGAGAUUGGGAAGGGAAUGUUCAGCUCUGGUCCAUCGAGAACACACUUUCCGCAGCAUUCGGGACCGAAUCCUCAUAUUAUUUCUUCUUUGCGCAUCGCAGUAAGGGGAAGCUUGAACGAAACCUCUAUACGGAGGCCCUUUCGGACGCGGAAAAGGUCAUUGAGCUCAACCCUUCGUCUUAUCUCGGAUACGAAUUGAAGCAUGCAGCUCUUCAUGGAGCACAGCACUAUGCUGAUGCGUUCGAGGCCUUCAAGAUAAUGUCCUCCAAGUUGGACAAUCAUGAUACUUCCGACGUACAAAUGCAAAAGCUGCAUCAGAAAUAUAUCAGUGCAUCUGAAGUACUGGAAGCUGCUGUUCGACAGGCCAUUCAUCCUCAACUGGAAAACUCCCCACUUCGUCUAAUCAACACCUCCACUGGAUGUUUGUGCAAUCGAGAUGCGCAGAUCAACGCAUUCAUUGAAAGCACAGAGUACAACGAACUUUUGUAUUCAUCAGUCAUGCAAGGGCCUGCUCCAAACGGAGCCCGUCAAAGAAGCGGUCGCGAAGACAGGGACAUAUACGACUUAGAUCCGGUCGGAACUGUGGUGAAGUUGCAGAAGUUCUGCAAAGUCGCUCGCAAUGCGGGGUAUCGCUGGGCGUGGAGCGAUACGUGCUGUAUCGACCAGAACAACAAUGUUGAGCUCCAGCAAUCAGUCAACUCCAUGUUCGUCUGGUAUCACUACUCAGCGCUCACCAUCAUCUACCUAUCCGAUGUUCCUCCUUCGUCAAAGCCUGGCGCGCUCGCAAACAGCAAGUGGAACGCACGAGGAUGGACCGUUCAGGAGUUCCUCGCUCCUAGAAUUGUUCUCUUCUACCAAGCAGACUGGACCCUAUAUCUCAAUAUACGUUCACGCAACCACAAGCAGUCUGGCAGAAUCAUGAAGGAGUUGGAGCGUUCAACUGGCAUAAAUGCGCGGGCCCUCGUCGACUUCCGUCCAGGGACAAGAGAUGCCCGAGAAAAACUCCGAUGGGCAUCAACCCGUGUCACUACGUUGCAGGAAGACAUCGCGUAUUCGCUGUUUGGGAUCUUCGGCGUCCACCUUCCUGUAAUAUACGGAGAAAAAAGACAAAGCGCGCUCGGACGUCUCUUACAGGAGAUCAUAGCUCAUUCGGGCGACAUCACGGCCCUUGAUUGGGUCGGACAAUCGUCCAACUUCAACAGUUGUCUCCCAGCCGAGAUUUCCUCAUACAAGGCUCCGCCAUAUACGCCACCAUCUCUAUCUGAACACGACAUGCAGAAACUGGUCUCCACGCUGCGGAACAAUGUGGCUGUGAAGUCGGCUUCGAAACUGUAUACAACUCUUGAGAACCUCAGCGUUCCUCGUUUUGCGAAUGCCAGACUGCAAUUGCCUUGCAUCGCAUUUGCUCUCACAGAAGUCAGGCGGAGGCCCAGUCAAGACGGGGCUGGAUAUUUUGCGUAUGAAGUCAAGGCAAACGGGCUGCAAGACCUGCUGAUCACAACGGAAGACAAGCUUGCUCAAUUCUCGCCUGCAAGACGUACUCGGCAGAAAUUUUUACUUGUCCGUCCGUGGAAUCGGUAUGAUCUCGGGUUGGUUAACUUUGCAGACGAGACCCAGAGCGUCGAAGAUUGGCCCGAGCUCCAAUCUCUGUCAGAUCAUACGCUUGGCGGUUAUCCUGGAUACCGCAAGCCGGCUACGCGAGAGUUGAGGUUGAUCGUUCGCCUCGCACAGCCUUUUAGCGCACUUUUGCUAGCGCAGCAGUGGGGUGGGGAGUACAAGAGAAUUGCUUCGGAUAACAAUAUCAUCGCGCAAGUUAGAGACAUGGUUUCUGUUGAUGACAUGACGGACAUCAGGAUGCUGGAGAUAUUGUAG